CCUCCAGCUGCUGUCUUUAUGGGCAUGUUUACACUGGCAUCAGAGAAAAAACGUUCCUGUCCGGAUAACGACAUGGGUGCUGGAAACAGUUUUAGGAGGAUUGCUGCGCUGAUUGGAGUCUUUGUGGUUUUGACGGUGCAAGCUGUUCCGACACGUACCGGUGAUAAUGCAGAUGCUGGGGAACUGACAGACGACAUACUUGAGAUCAAUAGAGGGUUAAACCACCUGUUUGAGGGAGACAUUGCUGGUAAUCCCAGCAGAAAUGCAAUCCUUGAUCAAACAAGAAGAUGGAAGUUUCCCAUCCCCUAUAUCUUAACUGAUUCUUUAGAACUGAACGCUAAAGGUGUGAUCCUCCAGGCAUUUGAGGAAUACCGUUUGAGAUCCUGUGUGGACUUCAAGCCUUAUGAGAGCGAGACCAGCUACAUCUCCUUCACUAAGCUUUCUGGAUGCUGGUCAUAUGUUGGAGAUGAUAGAAAGGGCCAGAAUGUGUCCAUUGGGGCCAGGUGUGACACUAAAGCUAUUGUGCAGCAUGAGCUCCUCCACGCACUGGGCUUUUACCAUGAACAGUCUCGCUCAGAUAGAGACGACUAUGUCAAAAUCUGGUGGGACCAGAUUGAAGAAGGGAUGGAGCACAAUUUCAACAAGUAUGAGGAUGACUUUAUCACUGAUCUGAACACACCAUAUGAUUAUGAGUCCAUCAUGCACUACCGACCUCUGUCCUUCAACAAGAACGACAGCAUCCCCACAAUCACCACCACCAUACCGUAUUUUAAUGAGGUCAUUGGCCAGCGGCUGGACUUCAGUGCUGUAGAUAUCACCAGGCUUAAUCGCAUGUAUGACUGUGCCAACACACACACUCUCCUGGACCAGUGCUCCUUUGAGCUGAUCAACAUCUGUGGAAUGAUUCAGAACGAGGAGGACAACGCAGACUGGGUCCAGACACUAAACAGUCCAGCUGAUACAGAUCACACCCUGGCAGGACGCUGCAGAGAUUCUGGCUACUUCAUGAAGUUUGACACAUCUUCCGGCGCAGCUGGUAGCAGUGCCUUACUGGAGUCACGUAUCCUCUACCCCAAGAGAGACGAGCAGUGCCUGCAGUUCUUCUACAAGAUGACCGGAGCAGCUGGGGACAAACUGGUGAUAUGGAUCAGGACUGAUGAUGGGACAGGGACUGUACGCAAUGUGAAGAAGAUACACACCAUUACAGGGGAUGGAGAUGCUGCCUGGAAAAUAGUCCAUGUGACUCUUAAGGUGACAGAGAAGUUCCGCUAUUUCUUCCAAGGCAUCAUAGGAUCAUCCAGGUCCUCGGGCGCCAUCCUGAUCGAUGACAUCACUCUAACUGAGACCGUUUGCCCCAGUGCUGUCUGGCAAAUCCACAACUUCACCAACGCUCUCGCCACCAUUCCUCUUGGUAGUCCAGUUAAAAGCAAGUGCUUCUACAACUCAGAGGGCUACUCAUUUGGUAUCAGUGUUUACCCAAAUGGAAAAGAGAGUGCCUACCCAGACUAUGUUGGCAUGAGCUUGCACCUCUGCAGUGGGGAAAAUGAUGCAGUGAUGGAGUGGCCAGCCAAAAACAGGCAGGCAACCAUCGCUGCCAUGGACCAGGACCCCGAUGUAAAACUGAGGAUGUCUUCAACAAGAAGCUUCACCACAGACACUAGUGCCCGCUGGAACAAACCAACAGCUACUUCAGGAACAGUGUGGGAUGCCAGCUGCCAGUGCUACCGCGGUCAAGACUUUGGCUGGAGCACAUUCAUUUCUCACAAGCAUCUGCACAGGAGGAGCUUCCUCAAGAACAAUGACCUUAUCAUUACUGCUGACUUCAAUGAUUUGACCCACCUGAUCAAGACUGAGGUGCCUGUCAAACCGGCUGCACCAAGUAAUGACAUCACAGAUGAGAAGCCAGUCAGCAAGGUGGAAAUGAGACUGGAGGCUCCAAAACACAGAGAAGCACGUGCAGCCAACCCCUGUCAUCCCAACCCUUGUUUUAAUGGAGGUGUGUGUGUGGAGAGUGAAGGGAAAGCCUCAUGCAGGUGUGCAUCAAGCCAGACUACCUACUACACUGGUAAGAGGUGCGAGGAACUGAACAUAGACAGAAGCAUUCUGGGAGCGCUGGUUGGUGGUGCCGCGGGGACGGUAGUUCUGACGCUGGCCAUUUUCACUGUCAUCAGGAGAGCUCAGUGAAACACAUUUCAGAGGAAUAAUAUGUCCUCUGCAUUCAUUCAGCAGUGAAAUCACAGCAAAAAUUAUUCCUGUCCCUCAAACUAACAACAUUUUUCAGGAGGGUAUUAUCAGUAGUUUUGUGUGUCCUUAGCUUGUCUUGCAUAUAAAAAAACGUGUAGUCUGGUAAAUUAAUUCUGUGAUGAAAAAUGUAUAGUUUGGAUUGAAAUUUCUCAAUCAUGGACAGUGUAAUGAACAAAAAAAUAUAUUCCUUGUUUUUAUUUAUUCCAUAUUUCAUAUAUAUAUAUAUAAUUUAGAUACAUAGUGGUUAGGCACACAUAGUAUACAGGCUAUGGUUCAUGUCAAAUAGUGUACAUUUACAGACUUUCCUUUUAAAUAAAAUUAUCAAACCAA